UUACAGGCGGGAAAGAGACGGGAGAUUCCAGACUGCAGCCAGCCAUACAGUCUAGGAACCCGGAGUGAGUCAGCAGUCUCAGUGGAAGGCUGCUGGAUUUCAGAGACCAGGACCAGAACCAGAACCAGAGCGGAAUGGAGGAGGAGCAGCAGAAGCCGGAGCAGCGGAGCAACAAGGUCCCCAGAAGAGCAGCAGCAGGCUCGGCCUCUGAUAGCAGCGGUGUUCAGAAACGGAGAGGAAGAGGGGGACUUGGACAUCACAGCUGUCAGCACUGUGACAAGUCCUUCACAAGAUCUGAACAUUUAAAGAUUCAUCAGAGAAUUCACACUGGAGAGAAACCAUACAGCUGUGACCAAUGUGGGGCCGCUUUCACAACGUCGGGUAGUCUUAAAGUCCACCGACGUGUUCACACUGGAGAGAAGCCGUUCUGGUGUGAACAAUGUGGGAAAACUUUUUCUCAGAGUGGUAACCUUAAAGCCCACCAACGCAUUCACACUGGAGAUAAACCGUACAGCUGUGACCAAUGCAGAGCAGCAUUCACACAGUUAAACAUCUUAAAGGCCCACCGACGUGUUCACACUGGAGAGAAGCCAUAUUGGUGUGAGCAAUGUGGGAAAACUUUUUCUGAGAGUGGUCACCUUAAAGCCCACCAACGCAUUCACACUGGAGAUAAACCGUACAGCUGUGACCAAUGUUGUGCAGCAUUCACACAGUUAUGUAGUUUAAAAUCCCACCGACGUGUUCACACUGGAGAGAAGCCGUUCUGGUGUGAACAAUGUGGGGAAACUUUUUCUUGUGGCAGUAGCCUUACAAGACACCAACGCGUUCACACUGGAGAGAAAUCGUACAGCUGUGAACAAUGUGGGGCAGCAUUCACAACGUCGGGUACUCUUAAAAUCCACCGACGUGUUCACACUGGAGAGAAGCCGUUCUGGUGUGAACAAUGUGGGAAAACUUUUUCUCAGAGUGGUGGCCUUAAAGUCCACCAACGCAUUCACACUGGAGAGAAACCAUACAGCUGUGACCAAUGCGGAGCAGCUUUCACGUCGUCGAGUAAUCUUAAAGUCCAUCAACUCAUUCACGCUGGACAGAAGCCGUUCUGGUGUGAGCAUUGUGGGAAAACUUUUUCUCAGGGCGGUGGCCUUAAAAAUCACCAACUCAUUCACACUGCCUCCUCCAGAACAUGUUCUAAAGCCAAGCUGUUGUUAGAGUGGAGAGAGGGAACAGAUAGCGUGAGUCAAGACGCUGUUUACUACCCAGAUAAGAAAAGAGAGCAGUCAGAGCCCAAAGUAGCCGAGGUCCAGGACCACCGCAGGCACUAA